CUGAAAUGAGAGAGUCAGACCCUUAAGUCUUGUCGCAUCUGCCUUGUUCCUUAACAGUUAACAGCUCAGAUUACUCAUCAAAAAAAAAAAAAAAAAAAACAGCUCAGAUUAAACCAAUCACUCGCUCUCUUUCUCUCAACUCUGUUUCUUUUAUUUUUUCAACGUGAAUCACUGGCUCUCUUUCUCUGAGCAAUGGCUUCGUCUCUGACUACGGCCUCAGCCUCAGCUGUGGGCAAAGCCUCAGCCACUUUGCGUCCUCUCAGCAAUAGAUAUCACUCUCUCUCUCAUUUUUCAUUUCGUGUUUCUCCAAAACCCAAGCUCAGAAUUUUCACCAAGGGUUUACAACCUAGUCGGAAUUGUUCCACUGUGGUAAAGGCCCAAUUGAAUGAGGUUGGCGUUGGUGGAUCCUCCAAUGCUUCCUCUACUCCCCCAGCCAAGUUGGAGGCAGUGACAUCAGAAGCAAAGGAUGCUAAGCCAUCAAAUGACCAUUCUUUUGGAGCUUUGGCUAGAGAGGAAUCAAUCUCUGAGUUCAUUGCUCAAGUUUCAAGUCUUGUUAAGCUUGUUGAUUCAAGAGAUAUAGUGGAGUUGCAGUUGAAACAGCUUGACUGUGAAGUUAUAAUCCGUAAAAAGGAGGCCUUACCUCAACCACCACCUCCUGCGCCAGUUAGCAUGAUGUAUUCACAAACUCCAACACUAACCCAAACAGUCCAUCCUGCACCUGCACCCGCACCCGCACCUGCCCCAGCUCCUAGAGCCCCUACUCCAUCUGCUUCUCCUGCUGUCAAGUCAGCAAAGUCGUCAUUUCCACCUCUUAAAUGCCCCAUGGCAGGGACAUUCUACCGAUGUCCAGCCCCUGGUGAACCGCCAUUUGUGAAGGUUGGAGACAAGGUACAGAAGGGACAGGUAGUAGGCAUCAUUGAGGCCAUGAAAUUGAUGAAUGAGAUAGAAGCUGAUCAAUCAGGAACCAUAGUUGAGGUCCUUGUAGAAGAUGGCAAGCCUGUUAGCAUUGACAUGCCUCUUUUUGUAAUUGAACCUUAGAGCUUGGCCAUCAAGUAUGCUAAUCGAUGGACCAAACGGCAAUUAGAAAGUGGGUGCAGUUGGUAAGAUUAUGAGAUGCGGCAUUGUUUCAUUUUGGUAGAAUUUUUUGUGUGAAAUGAGAUUUGGCUAGAGUUGAGAGUGAAUUAUUGUUGAAUGAAUUAUUUAAUUUAUUUUAAAAUUUUUUACUAGAACAGAUAUUUCUCGCCCCUCCAUGUUUGGAAUUAGUUGUUUGUGCAUUAUUCAAGAAGCUCUGGAUAUGACAUCUGUGAUAGGUGCUUUAACCAGUACCAGAAAUGUUUUGGAUUCAAUUAACCCCCAUCCCCCAUUUUACUUUUUACAUGUUUAAAGGGGACUUAUUCACUUUCA